GGACAAGCACCAAUAACAAGAAGCAGGGCCAUCUUUGUGUAUGUUUCCAUGGAGACCGAAGUUGGCUAGGGGCGGGGCUGUGGAGAAGGCAGCCCGUGUGCUGUACUGCUGUUCCUACCUGGGGUGCAACUUGCAGAGAGAAACUAGCGAGUCAGGGAAAAAUGUCUGGGACUGCAAGGCAUGACCGGGAAAUGUCACUGAAUGCCAAAAAGCAGCUGUCGAAAUGCAUAGACCCUGUUGAGAGGCUGCGGCUCCAAUGUUUGUCACGGGGCUCUGCGGGCAUCAAAGGACUGGGCAGGACCUUCAAGAUCAUGGAUGACGACAACAACAAAACUCUUGAUAUGAAAGAGUUUAUGAAAGGCCUGAAUGAUUAUGGAGUACUAAUGGAGAAGGAGGAGGCCAUAAAGCUUUUCCAGAUUUUUGACAAAGAUGGAAGUGGAACAAUCGACUUUGAUGAAUUCCUUGUUACGUUAAGGCCGUCCAUGUCCAAUGCAAGAAAAGAGGUUAUCAUGCAAGCCUUUCGGAAACUGGACAGGACUGGUGAUGGAGUGAUAACCAUUGAGGACCUCAAGGGAGUUUAUAAUGCAAAGCACCAUCCCAAGUAUCAGAAUGGAGAGUGGACGGAGGAGCAGGUUUUCAGAAAAUUCCUGGAUAACUUUGACUCGCCCUACGAUAAAGACGGUCAGGUAACCAAGGAGGAAUUUCUCAAUUAUUAUUCUGGAGUCAGUGCAUCCAUUGAUAGCGAUGUCUAUUUCAUUCUAAUGAUGAAGAAUGCAUGGAAAUUGUGAUUCCAAUCUUAAUAUUACCUGGACCUUUUGGGAACAGUGAAAUUUUUCUUAAUUUUUUUCAAAAUAUUUUAGAAGCAAUCACAGUGGGAUAAAAAAGUAAUUACUUUGCUUUUAACUAAUCUUUACCUUUUGAAUGAACGUUGGAUUCUCUGCCAUUAUCUAAUGACAGUGAUGCAGUUGUGGUUACUGGGAUGAAAGAUCUAUUUUCCAAUAUGGACAUGCGUGGCUCUUAAUCAACACAACACUUUGAAUGUGGACAUCGGAUUUCUCAGCGCAAGGACCCAAUAUCUUUAUUAGAUGAAGCAAUUUAUUUUAUUUUUUAAAUAGAAAGUAGACUUCUCUAAUGAUUGCAAAACCUACUGAGAAUACAGAAGAUUUACAGAUAUACCUGCUUGAAAUCUGUUGUUUCUGUGUAGUUACCUGUUGUUGGUCGUGAAAUGUAAACUGUUUCAAAAUGCCUGUUUGUGACAUCCUGUCAGCAGCCAGUUAAUGCUUUUCCUGCUGUGCACAUGAUAGGUUCUGUUAAACAUGAGCAAGGUUACUGUGGGAAAUAAUAUGUGUGAUUCAUGUCAUACUCUCUAGUAGCUCUCAGUCAUGUACAGUAUACUGAGCAUCAAAUUGCAAAUUUCUUAUAAUUGCAAACAUUCACAAUGCUAUUAUUAGGAAAAUUACAAUAUGUUUGUAUCUCUGACAUGUGAUUGAUCUGAUGUGAUGAAGGUGCUGCUUACAAUUUAUCCUCAAUUGGGUCAAUCAUCUGGAAGUCUGCUCUGAAAGCCACAGGCUAGUAACUUGCAUGGCCACUGAUGCAGGCAAUGUGACCGGUUGAUGUGCAGUGCAUGCUUGGCCGGUUGCAGAUGCUGUUUUGUGGGAUUUCAUUUUUUUUCGGUAAAGUCUGGACAAGCAUGUGUCUGUUCACUGGUCUCUGAGACCUGCUGUAGGUAUUAUGUUGUCCAAGUUUGUUGCACAAAUGUUCAAUUGGCCUAGUAGGGUUUCCAUGGCAUAACUGUUUCACACGAAAGCCGUUGUCAAAGGCGCAGCAUGAUUCCGUGUUGUCCUGCUGGAAUGCCCACAGAAAGGGCAGUGAGUAAGGUCCCAGGGUGUGAUCAAUGUUGAGAUAUUAGGAGAGACAUUGAAUCAGUAAUCUUACUUAUUUUGUUUUCCUAAAAAUAUACAUGCAUAAAGAAUGAUACGUUUCCUUUGUUGCUUAGUAUAGUUAUGUGAAAAGAAAAGCUAGAUGUUUUCCUAUUUAUUUAUGUUUUAUUGUAAGCCUGUGUCAGUGGCUGAAUAUAUUAUCAUUCAAGUCUCUUCAUGAACAUGAUCCUUUUGGAGCUACUUAUUCCUUUCUGAUAUUCUCUGGAUGUACCCAAAAACCAGAUGGAGCUGGAGCCUUUAUGCUGUUAAGAUACCUCUUUUACAGAAUUCUAUUCUGCUAGGCAUCAGGAAGGCUGACACUUCUUCUUCUGAGUUUACAUCUGAGCCCUUUGUAACUGAAUGUGCCUUUUAUCCAUGUUGAUCUUUUUUGUACAUAUUGUGUUGCUUGGAUUGUAAUUCUUUACAGUGCUCUGUACUGCUCUGGUGUGAAGAGACCAUAUAAAAUAAUUUUGACAUGACUCAGGGCAAUGCUAAAAAAAAAAGAUGUGGAUUUUCUAUUCAUCAACACACAUUUUAUGCUCACUGUGCUCUGCUGUACAUACAAUAUUGAUUUUCAUCCAUGAUCAUUGUUGUGUUGCACAGUGUCUUUUCAAACUUUUUUCAAUUUUCUUAGUUCUAUAAAUACUGCCAGAUUAACCUUCCCCUGAUCUUUGCUAAUUUCAUAAACAGCUGUCCUGUUGAUCACCUUUAGUCUGGAUUAUACAAAAACUAUCAAUUUAACUACUGACUAAUAAAUGUAUUAGUCUUUCUGCUGUUAAUUUUUGCAUGUAAAAUCACCAUUUAUUUUUGUUAUACCCAUACAAUUUGUGAGUAUAAAUUGGAUGCCUUGUAAUGGCUAGAUCUUUUGCCUCUCUUGUGAUCUUGAACUUGGUUUGUACUUGAGCAUUUGUUAAAUUGUUGUGCUGGUAUCAAAUAGUUACCAUCACCAUUUUUUAAAAGAGCAUGAUCAAAUAAUUCAAUAAACGUCCUCCACCCCCA